AUGGCGGCCACCUCGCAGUUUGCCCUCCGCGCGGCCGCCAGUUGGAGCCUGCUGGCGUCGUUGCGGGGCACGCGAGCUUUCGCCCAGGUCUCCUGGGCAGAGUGCGCCCACCUCAAGAACUUGCCCCAGUCGAGUGGACCAGCCCCUCGGGGCCACAUCGCGGCGCUCGCGGAGAAGAUCCGAGGAGCUGGGUUCCUGCCGAAGGACGAGGCAGAGUUGCUAGAGACGGUCGCCGAGCUCGCGGCAUCGACCGCCCUCCCCGAGCAGUCUCGCAACGGAGCAGACCAAGACUACGAGGCUGGCGUUUUCCUCGCGCCGACAGCGAUGCGGGGGCAGCUGGCCAAGACAGCGAAUGCGGAGGACGUGUUCCGUCUGUGCGGUUUGCUCGGCCUCCGCAAGUUCUCGGAGGGAACUAUGCGCGUUCUGGGCUUGGCCGUGCUGUGUGCGACGGAGGGCGUCGAUGAGAUUCUGAAGAUGGCUCCUGCGGUGCGCGCGAACAGCAUCAAGCCCCUGAAGGCGGCUUACAGGCGCUUUGCGAAGGGCCUGCCGGAACCUCCAGUGCGGACGGAUAUGUUGCCGAUCAGCCCCGAGGCGCCGAAGGCCCAGUGCCCCGACCUCUUCAAGGCUGCGUGCCCAGACGGCGUUGGGGACAUCAAGUUCCCCGCCCCGCCGUGCAUCUUCAGGGGGCUGAAGCUUCUCGCGAAGAUGCGCGUGCACAGCGGGGGCAGCCGCGCGGUGCCGGAGACGUCAGACAUGUCCCGCUCGGAGCAGAUCGUUCGGGCGGCGGGCAACGAGAUCCGCAGCGCCUUGCAGAACUCCCGCGGUGAGGGGGGCGUCGGCCCGAAUAUUUUCCAGCCGAAGCUAAAGCCGCACGUGGCCAAAGGGAAGGCCGAGCGCAGGCGCGAGGACACCUCGGCGGCCAAGGCGAAGGAGAAAGCCACAGGGAGCGGCAAAGCAAAGGGCAAAGCAAAGGCCAAGGCGGGGUCGAAGGCCGUCUCGGUGUCCUACUGCGACGAGAAGAGUCGCGAGCACUUCUUGGGGCGCUGCUCCGAGACGCCCAGCGCCCAGUUCAGCUACAAGGGGAAGAGCAAGAAGAGCGCCGAAAAGGCCGCCAAGGCGUGGUGCCGCGACCAGUGCAGGAAGUUCAAGGCGCCCAUCCAGCCGAAGUUUCUGGAGUGA